AUGAGCCGGGCAACCGCCGAACAGGCGCUGAGCAGCCUCAUUCCCACUUUGAACGGGCCCCUCCCGCCGGAGCUUGUCGAACUCGCCGCUUCCCUCCUCGCCCGCUCGCGAAGCGCUGCACACUCCCUGAAGCAGGAUGAGGAGAUUGCACGGCCGUAUGCGUGCGCACAAUUGGCAUGCGAAAGGUUAAAGAAGCGACUGAACCUCCCUACAAUUACGCCCCGUCCACCUUGUCCACCGCGCAUCUACAAGAAGCUCUACCAAUACCUCGAGAGUGCCCUACCUGCAUCCACAGCCCGCGAACCGCAGACGCCACGAAAAGCCGCCGGAAGCGCUCCGGCGUCUGCGCGAACAACGCCGAAAACGCCGCUGAGCGCAAGGAAGACACCCAGGAGCAGCAGGAAGGAUGGAGACAAGGCACAAGAACCACCGGAAUGGACAAUGCGUACCAUUCGCACCCUGUUGAAGGCCUUUUCGUUCCCUAAUGCGGCUCCGCAUAUUUACACGGGCGUCGAGUCUAUCGUACCCCUUCUUGCACGAAUGUCCGCUGCGGUGGCCGAGACGCCCAGCAAACGACCCCGCCGAGCUGCUAGUGCUCUUCCAGCGGCCAAUUCCGACCUCUCGAACAGCCGUGUAUUAGGUCUUAUAGCGGUUUUACUAUUCUAUGUGCUUUCGCGCAUGAUGGACAAGGACAUUACUCCAGAGCAAUAUCUAGAGUGGCGGAGCAAAGCAGUGUCUACGCUACUCAAGUCGCCCCCAGGAAAGGACAUCUCAGAAGAGGAUUUAUCCGUGGAGAUCGAACAGCUGAUGCCCAUGGCGCAGGAGGAGGGGUGGCUCCAGAUGGAGUGGUUUCUGAACGUCCUUCCUCCAGACGCCGGCGAAGAGAUGGAAGGUGUUGAGAUGACUGAUGGGCAUGCCACCAUGGGUGCAAAGAGUAGGGGCUUGAAAGAUGGCGGAAGCGAUUACAUUGGGCUUGGUACGAUGAUACAGGACGCUACGGAUUACCUGAGUGAACGACAGCGCGAAGAUUACCGGAUAUGGAAGGCGGGCAUUCUGGCUCGCGUCGAAGAGAUCGAGGCAUCGUGA